AUGGUUCAGGUAGAAUGUAUUGAUGAGGAUAUCCAUACCUACAGUCAACAUUUAAGUGCCCUGCAUGAUGACUUUAAAACCAGGUUUGAAGAUAUGCUGACGAUGGAUAUACCACCAUGGAUCAUAAAUCCAUUUGAAUUUGAUGAAACGGAAGUGGCCAAUGUUGUAUUACAAGAGGAGCUGCUCGAGAUAAGCACCAAUGAGGAGCUGAAGCAUGCAUUGUUAACAGAAAGCUGCACUGGUGUUGUUCUACCAGUGGUGAAAGGCAAAGGUAGAAAGAAGAGAGCGGCUGAACCCGACAAUGCAGCUUUGAAAGAUUUCAAGGUGGAAUACUCAAAGUCCAGCAGGGCCAUUUGCAGGCACUGUGAAAUUAAGAUUUGUAAGGACGACGUGAGAAUCUGCAAGAUAAUGUUUGACACUGAAGUUGGAAUGAAGUAUGGUGGUCAGCCUUAUUGGUACCAUGUGCAAUGUUUUGCUGCUGAGAGAGACUCAUUAGGCUACUUUGCUGGAGGAGAUAGCCUCCCUGGUUUCAAGCAGCUCAAGAAAGAUGACCAAAAUAUUGUGAAGAGUGAGUUACCACCAAAGGCUUCAGAUGAAGUGCCAGUGAAAAAAGUUAAGCCUGAACCAAAAGACGCGGAUGAAAUAAAGAAAGAAAAAGAACUGGAGAAGAAAUUAGUGAAGCAAGACAAAUUGUAUCACAAGUACAGAGCUGCACUGAAGGAGUACAGCAGAUCUGAUCUUCAGAAGUUGAUGGAGGCUAAUGCGCAAGAAGUAGUUUUUUCACCUGAUGAGUGCGUUGAUCGCGUUGCCGACAUGAUGGCGUUCGGAGCAUUGGAGCCCUGUCCGGAAUGCAAAGGCCAGCUGAUAUUAGAUACUUUUAACUACAAGUGCACAGGUAACAUGAACGAGUGGACUAAAUGUCGAUUCACAACUAGAGAGCCGAAGAGAAAGUCUAUGAAGGUGCCUGAAAACUUUAAAUCGAGCGAUGCAUUUAAGAAGUUUAGGCCAAAAACUGACACCAGGCUGUUCGAGUGCGCGCCGCCGCCUGUCGCUACUAUUGUUAAGAAAGCGGAACCACAAGAAAGGAAAAAUAUACCAAUUCCACCUCUAAAAAAUUUACAAUUUUGCGUACUUAAUAACAAAGAUGAAGUGAAGAAACGCAUACUACGACUGGGUGGUCUAGUACUGAACAAGGCCAAUAUAACUGAUACCACUGCUGCAGUCAUUGCAACUCCAAAAGAUGUGGAGAAAAUGUCACAAGGAUCUCAAAACACAUUAGUAUACGACUUAAUCACUGAAAAAGACAUAGAGGUUGUAGAGGAAUCAUUUCUGGAUUUAAUAGACCCUGUCAAUGGUACAAUAGCUCAAACAUUGCAACUUAUCAAAGAAAAUAAUAUCGCGCCUUGGGGAUCCGACCCAGCUACUCGUGUACCGCAAGAUAUUAUUGAUGGAAAGUCAAUUCCUAAGUCCGGUAGUCUUUACGUAAAGUCGAAAUCUACAUCAACUAAGUUGAAAAUUAAAGGUGGCUCCGCGGUCGACACUGACUCCGGGUUAGAAGACGUAGCACACGUAUACAUUGAUAAAUUCGGCAACAAGUACUCCGUAGUGCUCUCCUUAACUGACGUUGUUUCGCAAAAGAAUUCUUACUACAAACUUCAAAUUCUGGAGGCCGAUAACUUCAAGAAAUAUUGGCUCUUCCGCUCUUGGGGAAGAAUUGGAACUUCAAUCGGCGGCACUAAAUUAGAAGACUGCAACAAUCUCGACAAAGCCAAGAUAAGGUUUGAAGACCUUUACAUGGAGAAGACACAAAAUUCAUGGCAUAACCGUGCAAACUUCGUCAAGAUGCCAAACGCGUACUACCCAGUAGAAAUGGAUUACGGCGACGACACCGACGGGUCGUCUUUGCAGUUGGAUGAGAAGUGCGACCUGCCCAUUCCCGUUCAAAAACUUAUCUUGAACAUUUUUGACAUCAACCUCAUGAAAAAGACCCUGCUUGAGUUUGAGUUGGACACAGAAAAGAUGCCGCUGGGUAAGCUCUCCAAAAAACAGAUCAAAAGUGCAUACAAAGUUCUGUCUGAAUUACUGGGAUACAUCGAGAAGGGAAAUGCUAAUGAAAACAACAUCAUCGAUGCUACUAAUAGAUUUUUCACUAUGAUACCCCACGACUUCGGCACAAAUAACGCUCCACUAUUGAACAACGUUGAAACCGUUAAGGAGAAGAUUGCGAUGCUCGAUAAUCUCCUAGAAAUUGAGAUAGCUUAUAACUUGUUGAAUUCAGAUUAUGAUAACAAGAGCACAUCGCCAAUAAACGCGCACUACCUAAGGCUGAAGGCGGAGAUUGCACCUCUGCCUCGCGAAAGCCCCGAGUUCCAAAUGAUUGCCGAAUACACCGAAAACACACAUGCCGCCACGCACUCCCACUACAAGCUAGAAAUUGAACAGGUUUUCAAGGUAAUUCGUGAAGGCGAGAACAAGCGGUAUAAACCAUUCCGUAAGCUGCACAACCGUCGCUUGCUCUGGCACGGCUCCCGCGUUACCAACUUCGCCGGGAUCCUGUCACAAGGUCUUCGCAUAGCGCCGCCAGAAGCACCAGCGACAGGCUACAUGUUCGGCAAAGGCGUGUACUUCGCCGAUAUGGUGUCCAAGUCGGCCAACUACUGCUGCACCAACAGAAACAACCCUAUCGGAAUCAUGUUGCUGUGUGAAGUAGCACUUGGGGAAAUGAAGAAAUGCACUAACGCAGAGAUGAUUACGAAGCUCCCUAGCGGGUUGCACUCGACGUGGGGCAUGGGUCGCACGGAGCCCGAUCCAACAGCAUCGCGCACUCUCGACGAUGGCGUUAUCGUCCCGCUCGGCAAACCCGUCGACAAGGACAUUAACACGGGGCUGCUUUAUAACGAAUUUAUCGUAUACGACGUGGCACAAAUCAACAUCAAGUACCUCCUGCAGAUGAAAUUCAACUACAACUAUUAAAAAGGCCUCUAAAUCGCUUCGUACAAAUUGUCAUAACACAUUUAUUGCCUUGCAUUUUAGAUAUUAAGUGUAUUUAGAUAUUAAACACACUUUAGCGUGCGCUUUCAAUUGUAAAAUCUUGUUAGUAAAGUUAUUCGUAAUUUAGUCUUUAAAAUUGUAAACUGUGACAUUAAUAAUGUUUGCUUGAAAGCAAAAUAAUACGGGUGAUACUGCGACGAAAAGUCUUUAAAUUUAGUUCAGUAAAACAUUACUAUGUACUAAAUGAGACCAAUGUUUAUUAUUUGUUGUUGUGACUCCAAGUUGAUCCAAAAAAUGGUUAUAGAUAUUCUAUUAUAGCAGCUAUCAUCCCAACGGGAGACGAUGUUAAUUUCUGUGUUAUUAUUCCGCCAAAUCUUUUUAUAAUUCUUGGCAAUUUUUAAAUAUUUUCAAUCUUAUCCAUGUUUUUAGUUGUAGUUCACUCACUGUUAAGUUUUAUGGUGAACAAACUUGUUUCAAUUAUUUCUCAAGGUGAAGAGCGUUUGCGAUGGAACUUGUUAAAUUUUAAGAUCAAGUCAUAGCGAUAGAGUGGUGUUGCUGGUUUAUGAUCGCUGUUGUUU